AGGAGGCUAUAAAAAGGAUAAACUAAAUCCAUCAAAUCAUGAUCAUCCUCACAAACGAGAAAUACAUACAAUCUUUUUCUGUCUCUCCUCGCUUUUGAUCAGUGUGAUCACGCACGGUGCCGUGAAAGAGAAGGAAGAAGGAAGAUAUAGAGAAAAAUGGGAAUCCUUUUUGACGAAACCUUAAGCUCUAACGCUAAAACCAAAAUUGUUGUUGAUGAUGAUAAUGAGUUGGGAUUGAUGGCCGUAAGACUUGCCAAUGCCGCCGCCUUUCCAAUGGUUCUCAAGGCCUCCCUCGAGCUUGGUGUCUUCGACACACUCUACACCGAAGCCGCUUGCACCGACUCGUUCCUCUCACCGUCUGAGAUAGCGAGUAGGCUGCCAACCAAACCUCGUAACCCUGAGGCGCCAGUUUUACUAGACCGGAUGCUUCGUCUACUCGCUAGCUACUCCAUGGUCAAAUGUGGUACGGACCCAGCCAUUAAGGGCGAGAGGGUCUAUAGGGCCGAGCCGAUUUGCAGGUUUUUCUUGAAAGAUAACAUUCAAGAUAUGGGAUCUCUUGCUUCCCAAGUCAUUGUCAAUUUCGACAGUGUCUUCCUCAAUACCUGGGCGCAAUUGAAAGAUGUGGUGCUAGAAGGAGGAGAUGCAUUUGGCCGUGCACAUGGUGGCAUGAAACUCUUCGACUAUAUGGGAACAGAUGAGAGAUUCAGCAAACUCUUUAACCAGACCGGGUUCACCAUCGCGGUCGUGAAGAAGGCUCUUGGAGUCUAUGAAGGCUUCAAAGAUGUGAAUGUGUUGGUUGAUGUGGGAGGAGGAGUUGGCAACACCCUUGGUGUUGUUACUUCCAAAUACCCUAAUAUUAAAGGUAUCAAUUUUGAUCUGACAUGUGCCUUGGCACAAGCACCUUCUUACCAUGGGGUGGAACAUGUCGCCGGAGAUAUGUUCGUGGAAGUUCCAACCGGAGAUGCCAUGAUUUUAAAACGUAUACUUCAUGAUUGGACCAACGAAGACUGCGUAAGGAUUCUAAAGAAUUGUUGGAAAUCUCUACCAAAGAACGGUAAAGUUGUUGUCAUAGAAUUAGUCACUCCUGAUGAUGCGGAGAAUGGAGACAUCAAUGCAAACAUUGCAUUUGACAUGGACAUGCUAAUGUUCACCCAAUGUUCCGGUGGGAAAGAGAGGUCACGAGCCGAGUUUGAAGCUUUGGCUGCAGCUUCUGGCUUCACCCAUUGCAAGUUCGUUUGCCAAGCUUAUCACUGUUGGAUUAUUGAGUUUUGCAAAUAAAAUGUUAAAUCCUCAUCAAUAUUGUCAAUUUCAUCUUCGUUUAAUUCCUUGUUUGAGAUGAUCAUGCCUUUGUCCCUGUCUCCAAAGCAAUUAAAUAAAAAUAAGCUUUUUAAUUUAUUUUUAAAGUUUCCACUAUAAUUGAAGGUUUCAUUCUUUCUAUUACUGCA